AUGGCUAGGGGCCUUCGCCAGCUCGCUCUUCUGGGGCUUGCCGCUCUCCCCGGCUCCCUCGCUGGUCCUGCCGACGUGACUUGCGUUGACAAGGCCAGCGACCAGAGCACCUACGCGGCAACCAGCGGUGCCGUCUUCCAGAUCCUCUGCGGCAUCGAUUAUGCCGGCUCCGACAUGGCCGCGGUCCAGGCCUCGACCUUCGCCGGCUGUAUCGACGCCUGUGACUCGACCCCUGGCUGUAUCGACGUCAGCUACGCCGGCGAUCAGUGUUACCUGAAAAACAAAGUCACGGAUGCCCUCCAAAGAGACUGGGUCUGGACCGCAAAGCAGGCCGCCUCGGACAACAAGCUUACAUGUGUCGACAAGAAGAGCGACAAGGAUACUUACACCACGUCAACCGGUGCUGUCUUUGAGGUGCAGUGCGGCAUCGACUAUGUCGGCGGGGACGUCGCCGCCACCACCACGGCCACCUUUGAGGACUGCAUCGACGCCUGUGCCGCCACUGCUGGCUGCCUUGACGUCAGCUACGUCGGCGAAGCCUGCUACAUGAAGAAUAAGCUUGAGGCUGCCCUUGAAAGAGACUGGGUUUGGACUGCGAAACUCGUCGAGUCUGGCAGCGGCAGCGGCCAGGAGGACCCCGAGCCCUUGGCCAAACUCUCCUGCGACGGCAACGCGAGCAAUGGCCAGAUUUACAAGGCGACCAACGCCGACUUCGAGAUCACCUGUUUCAAGGACUACGCCGGCGGCGACCUCCUCGGCCUCAGCACGGCAUCCUUUGAAGAGUGCAUCGACGCCUGCGACUCGCAUGUCGAGUGCGUCAACGUGGCUUACGUCUACGGGGCGUGCUACCUCAAGAAGCAGCAGAAUCCCGCCGUCGACAGCGUCUCCGUCUGGGGUGCUGUGCGCAAGCCUGCCACGUCUGCCACCACCGGCACCACGACCGCGACGUCCACCACUGCCACCGCUGUUAGCACACCUUCUUCCACUAAGACGCCGCUCACUUGCGAGGGCAACGCCAGCAACCUUGUCAAGUACACAUCGGCAAAAAGCGGCCUGUACCAAAUUUUGUGCGGUGUGGAUUUUGGCGGCAACGACCUCGCGGCCACGACUGCUGCCACUUUUGAAGACUGCAUCGCGGCCUGCGAUGAGAACACGGAUUGUGUCGACGUUAGCUACGUAGCACCGUCUUGCUACCUGAAGAAGGCCCUGGGCGACAUGACCCAGGUCGGCCAUGUGUGGACGGCCAAGCAGCUUCAGUCCCCCGGUUCCGUCUUCAGCUUUCCCACCGUCACGCCCAUGGAUCCUGGUUCGGGCACCGAGGAGAACUUCGAGGGUCCCUUUGAGUUUGAGCCAGCGCCCAUUGCCACUCUCGGCCCCGUCCCGCCUCCGGGCGUGAACAUGGCCGGCACCGGCGUCCUGACUCCCGACCCAGUCUCUGAGCUCUGGUAUAAUGGAACGCAAAGCGAGAGCGAUGGUAGUGACCUCGGCCCCGUUACUGUGCGCCUCAACAUCACCUACAACUAUGCGUCCAUUGUUCUCGACCACUCCAUCUACAUCCGAGACGUCGUCUGCUCCGCCGGCACCCUUCAUGGCCGCUUUAACUCUUCGUACCCCUUCUUCUUCGCCCAGGACACGUGGCAGACAGACGAGGAUGUGCUCCUUAUUACGUCCGCGCCGUCCUGCGGCGACGAUGCUGCGCAGAAUGCCUUCUUCCUUGCCCACACCAUCUCCUUCCAGGAGUCUUCCUUCUCUUUUGAGGCUCUCGGUCAGAUCGUCGAACUCAAGGAUGUGUUUGCCGAUUUGAACAUCGACUUUGGCAACAUCACCGUCAGCACUCCGGCCGACGAAGAGCAGCAAACUUGCGGUUCUCCAUCUGCCGAUACCCUGCGUGGCCUGCCUGCCGUGCCGUGCGGCACCAACUUUGACAAUGCCCUCGACGACAAGUUGGGAUACUACAGCGAUGGAGGCCGUGAUGCCCAGGCAGUACUGUCACUCGCUGCUCCCACACAAGACGACAGUCAGAUCCAGAGACGCGGUUGGGGUUGGCUCAAGUCCAUCGUCAGCGCGGUCAAGACGGUCGCGGCGGUCGUGACCAAGGCAGUGCAGGUCGUUGUAAACGUUGUCAAAACGGUUGCUACGGCCGUCGUCAAUGUCGUGAAAGCGGCCGCCACCUUUGUCGUGAACACGGCCGUGGCAGUGGCCAAGGUGGCUGUGUCGCUCGCCGUCAAUGCCGUCAAGCUCGUUGCCUUUGCCGUCACGGGACAGUACGAGAACUCGCUCACGCUCCCCGUCAACCUCGGCCCGCCGUCCAGCGUCCAAGUCGAGUCGCCCUGGGGCAAGGCCUUUAAGAUGUACACGUUCAAGAUGGGCGGGGAUGACGAGAAGUUCUCGGCAACCAAGGCUGUGCUCGACAACCUGGUUGACGACCUCAUCGGCUCCCCCGAGCCCGAGCCAGGCGUCGAGAUCUACUGCGUCAACUGUGGCGCUCGGGGCUCCAUCAAGGCCACGGGAAAGAUCAAUGCCACCCCUCUGAGCGGUGUCAAGGAGGCCUACAUUGGCGUCACCGGCAACAUGUACAUCGGCAUGUACCUCGGCGUCAACGGCUUUGCCAAGUGGGAGAAGGAGUGGGAGAAGGAGAUCUUCUCCAAGGGGCUUCCGGGAUGGUCCAUCCCUGGCAUCGUGACCUUGGGCCCCAAGAUUACCCUCAGCGGCAAGUUCGUCAUUGGAGUCGAGGCUGAGGGUCAGGUCCUCACCGGCGCUUCCCUGAAUUGGCCCGGGUUCGAGGCCAAGCUAGACCUCAAGAACUCGCGGAAUUCGUACCAGAAGGGCUGGACACCCAACAUCGACCACACCUUCCAGACUCGCGGCGCUGUCACGGCUACGGCUGCCCUGGGUCUGCCAGUCAGUCUGUGGUUCGGCAUCGACAUCCUCAACGGCCUGUUCAAGGAGGGCAUUGCGCUUGUUGACACGCCUGCCAUUACCGGCACGGCAGAGUUCGAGGUCAACGUGGGCACCGAGGAGACGUCUGUCGGCAGCGAUGAGUGCAAGGGCAUUGCCUGGGACAUCAAACUGACCAACGAGGUGACUCUGGAGGUCGACGAUGGCCCCGAGUGGAAGCUGGCCGAGUGGGCCAGCCCUGCUCUGGCCGAGGGCUGCAUUGGGUACACGCCGAGCGGCGGCAGCGAUGAUGACGGCGGGAGUGGGAACCCUCCCGACGUUCCGGACUUGCCGCCCGCAGACGACGGCACUAUCACCUGCCCCAAGUACGACGGCCAGACCUACACGGACGACAAGGGCAACCAAUGGGCAAUCCGGUGCAACUAUGACUACAUGUAUUUCGACACACAACAGAUCUGGACCGACACCAUGAAUGAGUGCUUGGCGUGGUGCGCCACCCAGUCCAACUGCGCCGGCGUGUCGUACGGCACCGCGGGCGCCGCCGGCCACUGGAACUGCUGGGCGCGCAGUCGCGCAGGUCCGGCCCGCGCCGGCCCGUAUCACUCGAUGAUGCUCAUGAGCCCCUUCGAGAUCACCAGCGUCAUCUUCGGCACCGCCGACAUCACCGCCUACGCGGUGCAGAACUGGCAGGUCGGCAACCGUAUCGAGAUCAACACCAACACAGUGAACCAGGCCGGCGGCCAGGACCGGCUGCCCGGCACGCAAAAGUCCAUCUUCAUGCUGUACCGCUACGGCGCCGAGACGCGUACCUGGGUCGGCCUUCAGAACUCGGGCAUCGUGACAAUCUACCCGGGCGCCAUCUCCUCGGCACCCUCGUCCAGCAUGCUCGUGCCGGACUGGCCGGCCUCCUCGCUCGGCCUGCCCAACUGGAUCCGCAUCAUCGACGUCUGCUACGGCCGGUCGCAAAUCCGGAACAAGGGCGCCUGGGACACCAUCUACCGCGCCGCCUACAACGGCCAGACGUCCAAAUUCGUGAACGAGCUCCUCGGGGACACCUGGGUCGGCACCGUGAAGACUGCCGUCAUCUGGUACCGGGAUACGAGGUUCAGCCAGGAUGGACCCUUGUAUUAUGCCACAGGCGUAGAAGGCGACGGCUUCAGGCUCAUGGGUCCUGGCGGCAACUUCAAGAGACAGCUGAGUCUGGGCGCCCGACAAGAAGGAGACGCAUCCAACUCGACCACCGGUGCAGGUCCCUACUCCAACUCGACCCUCUUCUCCAACACGACCGCUCCCACAGCCUCAGACGUGGAGUUUGGCAAUGGCAUCGCCACCGUCCGUGACACGACCGGCUCCCUGCAGCUGCUCCCGGCCAACAACGGCAACCUCUUCCUGGCGCCCCUGGACACCACCGAGGAGCUCAGCCUGCUGACCAACAACACGGUGCUCAACGCCAUGACGCUGCCGAGCAACGCUGACGUGCCCUACCUGGUCAACAGCGACUCGGCCGACCGGCUGCUGCACUACUUCCCCGACGAGGUCGCGCUCGUCGGCGCGUCGCGCCUACGCCUCGCCGCCUGGGAUCACCUGCCUCUCGGCUCGCACCUCAUCAACCUGGUGCCCAUCAUGCCUGCGGACGAGGGCUCGGCUACCGAGCCCGUGCUCGUCGCCAUUGACGGCGCCGGAGAGGGUGAUUACCUGUUCCCCGUCAUGUGUGCUAUUGGUGGGCAGCUGAAUAAGGUGUUCCUCGUCAAGGACACGUCUGAGGCUGCGCUCAAGGCGCUGGAGGAUGAGGAUCUCAAGUUUGUGCUCACGGGCGGCCAGGCGAGCCAGUGUGGUCCGCUGGCGCUGGUGGCGAGCAUCACGCCGGUGGUGGAGGCGGCGACGCGGUGAUAGCACUGGAGUUAGAGCUGGGGAUGGGGAUGGGUCUUCAUGUUCAUACUUUACCUACCCUAUCGGGUCCAAACAUUUCAUUCUUUUUGUUUAUGAGAUACAGUGGGUACUAGGGUUCGCCGGCCUGGGCGCAUGCGGCUGUCUAUCAAAUGUAACAUGCUGUUGGAACGUGAACCCUGAUUCAGGGGUGCCAAGACGGACCCACAUGUGGCUGGUGAUAGACACCCUGGAGGCUGUCUGGAACAUCGGGCAGUUGAGAACACAGAAC